AUGGCGACUCGUAUUCCGAUUGCGUUCCGACGUGGCCCGCGUACCAAGAAGAAAGCAAUUGACCUCAUUAAGAACUGGCAUAUCUUUCGUGGUGAUAAGGUUGAAAUCAUUGCUGGACCUCACAAAGGGACGCAGGGUGAAGUCUUGAGCGUCGUUCGUGACAAGAAUAGAGUUAUUGUCGAGAAUGUCAAAAUGACCCACCGCUAUGUGAAGGCAACGCCUGCUGCUGCCGGGCGUUCCUAUUUGUCACCGUCACCCAUUCAUUAUAGCAAUGUGAACCUGGUAGACCCGUCCAUUGGCAAACCCACACGGAUUGCCAUCCGCUUUACGGACGAAGGCGAAAAGGUUCGCGUGUCGAAGAAGACGGGCACCAUCAUUCCUAAGCCUGCCGUCCUUAAGGAACGCCACAACCCACGACGAGCAGAAACUGGACCAUUUGACACGACGCCUGAAGACGUGCUGGAACGCACGGUCGAGACCUGGGAAGUCACUCGUCUGUAA